CCCUGCCGCCUAUGAUUGGGACGCCGGAAAAGGCCAAGCAGGGGCGACCAAUUGGCUUGUUUUCCUCCAAGGAUCCGGCUGGUGCUUGAACACCACCGCCCAUAGUUCCGUCCAAAGCUGUGCGGAACGGGCAAACACAUGCAGACAUUGGCUCUUCCCACCGCGCAUGCAUCCUUUGAAUUUCUCCCAGCUUCAUGUUCUUUCCCCUCACUCCAGUGACACACAUUUUUACGACUGGAACCGUGUGGUGGUGAGGUCUUGUGACGGCGGAUCAUACUCCGGCGACGCCGACAAGCCCGAUCCUGUCACUGGCCUUCACUACAGGGGCGCGAGGGUAUUCCGCGCUGUCGUGGAGGACUUAAUGGCGAGGGGGUUGAAAAACGCCCGUAAUGUCCUCCUGGCCGGUGGUUCGUCAGGCGGGCUCGGGGUCAUGGUGCACUGUGACCGAUUCCGGCGCCUCUUCUUGGGGAACACGAGGGUUAAGUGCUACGCCGAUAGCUCUCUCUUCCUUCGCGUCAGAGACCCCCGCCGCGCGAAGUUUUUCAACGACGUCCUUGGCAACGUUGUGGGUGUGCAACGUCUGGACAACGUGUUGCCCGGACGGUGCACUUCGAGGCUAGGCGCGACGGUGUGUUUCUUCCCUCGAAACCUGGUGCGGUAUAUCGAAUCGCCGUUCUUCAUUUUGAACUCGGCGUUCGACUCGUACCAGGUUAGGAACACGUUUUCGGAGGCCUUGCACGACAAUGUCAUGCACCACAACGUUAGCCGGAGCGACAUGGCACUCCUCCGAGACUUCCGGGGCCAAACAAUCGGAGCCCUGCCACCGCCAAGUGGCACGAAGGGGUACCUAAUAACAUCCCUCUUCAUGCACAGUCUCGGUACGGUGCAAGGCUUCAAAAGGCCAAUGUUCUGGGCAAAAGUCAAAGUCUUUUGAGAGUGUGUUGGUCGAUUGGUUUUUCGAUCGAGCCACCAAUGUCCAUCUCAUAGACCCCGCGAAACAGCCCUUUUAUUGAACGCCCCAUGGAGUUGAGGAGAUGACAUCAACUUAAAUAAAUGAGUUUAAUUAGUUGAUGUGAAUAAUGUGUAAUUAGCAAUGUGUCGUUAACUACUUAAUGAAUACUCCGUGUUAUU